UAUAAAACACGAGCCUCCAACUUUGAUGAUGAAAACACACAAGUGAUGUGAGAGAUUCAAGGACUGUCGUGCGUGUCGGAUUUAAUCUCUGUGGACAACAACUAUUGUUUCUGAGCCGGUGAAGGAUUUAUUUUUCUGUGAUCUCUUUUUUUUGUUUGUUUUUUGUCUAUUUGCUUUUCUUCUAUGGGAAUCCGCUGACAGCAUGGGGAUACUGAUAUUGCUCGCCGUCUUUCAACUGGCGACGUUCGGCUUGGUGACUGCCGGCUGCCCGGUGGUGUGCGAGUGUCCUGCAGGGCCUGCAUCCUGCCCCCCGGGGGUCAGCUCGGUACUGGACGGCUGCGGCUGCUGCAAGGUGUGCGCCGCUCAGCUCAACCAGGAUUGUCACGAGGGACGGCCCUGCGACCACCACCGAGGCCUGGAGUGCAACUACGGCAACGACGUGGGCCACACCCAUGGCAUCUGCAGGGCAAAGGCGGAGGGCCGCUCGUGCGAAUACAACGGGCGGAUUCAUCAAAACGGCGAGAAUUUCAACGCCGGCUGCAAGCACCAGUGCACCUGCAUCGAUGGAGCGGUGGGCUGCGUGCCGCUCUGCCCCAGCCACGUGCCCCUGGCGUCGCCCUCCUGUCCCGCGCCACAUCUAGUCAAGGUGCCGGGGCAGUGCUGCCUCACGAUCGACUGCUACAGGGGCGCCACCGCCGUGACCCCGGUGCACCGCCGGCCCCAGCCACCGGCCUACCUGCCUUACCCCUUCAUUCCAUACCGGGCCUUCCCCUUCCCCAAGCCGUACCCCAAACACUACGGGAAGCUGUACCCCUACAAACCCAAAAGGGAGAAGGACGUCCUGGGCAACGAGCUGGUGGAGGCUGGCCGCAAGCGGGAUAAGCCGCGCGGAAACAAGCACCUGGCGGUCUGGAGAAAGGUGGGAGAUCAGUGCGUGGUUCAGACUACUUCCUGGUCCCAGUGUUCUCGGAGCUGUGGGAUGGGCGUGUCCUCUCGUGUAACCAAUGACAACGCCCGUUGUAAGCUGAUCAAAGAGACGCGUCUGUGCAACGUUCGGCCCUGCAGCUCCAUGUCCAUCCCCGUCAAGAAAGGACGGAAGUGCUCCCGCACCCACAAGGCCCCCGAACCUCACCGCCUGUCCUACGCAGGUUGCAGGAGCACCCGCCUCUACAGGCCCAACUACUGCGGCGUGUGCAGGGACGGCCGCUGCUGCUCGCCGCGGCGCACGCGCACCGCCGGCGUGGCCUUCGCCUGCCCCGACGGCGAGCGCUUCAGCCGGUCGGUGAUGUUCAUCCAGUCCUGCAAGUGCAGCGACGAGUGCAACCACCUCAACGAGGCCGCCAUGCCCCCUCAGCAGUGGCUCUACGGAGACACGCACAAGUUCAUCGACUAGCGGCGGCGCCGCAACCUCCCAGCCUGACCGACAUUCCCUCACCAAAAGACAAUCAACCCCCCCCCCCCGUAGUGGCCCCCAGUAUAGAAUAGCUGUCCAUAGUGUAUCUAUAAGUAGACGCAAGCGAGGUGAACAAGUCGAAUCCUCUUUUCUUUGACGUUAUUUCGGGGAGGAGGAAUUGUGGCUUUAGUGUAGAUAAAGAGUCGUUUCUGGCCAGACUGACUAGAGACUUCAUGCCAAACGUGGACACAAACCAGUCCUAAACCAAACCAGCCGCCAUGUUGCUGCCGUGCACCAGAAAUGUCCCCUGAACUGAGACUUUUUGUCGGGGACUGCACUCCCAACAACGCAGUAUUGCCAAACCAAAGGAAGGCUCCGGGAGAAGACCUGACGGGGGGAAACUGGGCCGGACAAAAGUGCAGGAGCGUCUCUGAUGUGUCUCCCGGAGCGCAGCGUGUGUCUUUUUAUGGUAUUUAUUUACUGGUAUUUAUUGUUAAGACGGACGAGCCAAGCUGCUAUGUUGGGAGCGUGGAUGGUGUCCAGGAGAGGGACAAAACAGCUGAGCGCUGUCAGCACAGAUCCGUGGCUCAAGGGUCACAGCGGAGGUCACAGCGGUCAGAAAGCUGUUUGUUAGGAUCCACGAUGAAGGCCGCCGUAGGGAAGAAGGUGUGUACUCUGAGAAGACCGCGUCGAACCUGAUGGAUCGAGUCACUGUCCGCAUUAGGGGGGAAUAUGGUGAUGGAGGUCGUUUACCCAGCUGGACUCGCCACGCCGCCGCCAGAAAGCGAGACAUUUAGCAGAACAAGCCGGGGAUUUCUGCCAAAUUACAAUCCUGAUUGUGGACGGCGACAUGCGAGGGAACAUCGGCCGCGCUUUGGUUUCGCUGUAAAAGACAUUAUGAAAAUGGCGUGCCAGGAGGUAAUUUGUGUCAGGGCCUUUAAUCAAGCAGCUCAGUAACUUAACGAUGACUAAAGUGCUCUUCGUGUUUAUAGUGGCUAUUUUGAGGAACGCGUCAACUGUCAGAAGAGCUUUACGUGGCCACGGCUAUCCAACGUCAAGAGACCCGUUCCAAUGGACAUUUCAGAGGAAGGGAAAUCAUGUAUUAUUCGUUUUUCUGUCCUUUUAGACUGAAGAACCCAUGCAGCUCACUCAACUAGGACUGAGGUUCAAGUUGGCACACCUUACCACAGCCUGGAUUCAAGACCUUUGACCUCAUGGAAAGGCAACAAAGGGAUUAGUUUCUUUACUGAAUACAUAUUAAAUGAGUAAUUCCAAAUCUUUUGAUGGUUUUUAUCAUUGCAACAGUUUUUGUUUGCCAUAAUUGGCUUUAUCAGUUUGCUGUGUAACUGGAAAAUGUUUGCAUUGCCUACCUUUUUUAAAACCAAGUUUGUAAAGUGUUUUAGCAUUGCUAUUGUCCUUUGUAGAUGCUGUGGUUUUGGUAUCGUGUGCCUAGUUUUGUUACAGGACACUAUGGAGCAGCUAUGUACAGAUCAUUACUCUUUGUAGUUCCACCUGUCGUGUAAGGGCCAAACCUUUAAGUUAAACUGUAGUCCAUGUAUAGUUUAGCACUGAACAAGUGUGGUUCAGAUCCUUUGAGCGUUAAAAGUGCCCAUUUUAAAGCAUGAUUGUAUGUAGCAUGUAACACCAUCUGCGAUAAAGUCAUGCUUUCUAAAGUCUCAUUAAACAAAUUGAAAGAA